AUGGCGAACUCUGGGGCAAGCAGUCGCGCGGAGACCUUCCGCAUCGAUGGCACGGAUUCGGAGGACUCCAUGGACGAACGCGCGCUCAAGAAGGCGCAAGAUGACUUCCAGCUUAGCAUGCACAUGUGCUUCAAGCAGGUGUGCCAGACCAAUGCUCGCCUCGACGAGCACACGCACGCGAUUGCAGACAUCAGACGCAAGCAGGCCGAGCAAUAUACGGACCAGGACGAGAUGCGCGACGCAGCCUCCAG